CCGGCGCGGUGGGAGCCGGUCCUCACCCCGCUCGCGACGCGAAAUGGAGGCCGCGGCGGCGCGCAAGGAGUGGCGCGCCGUCCCCGACGCCCCGCCCCGCACCAAUGGCGCCGAGGAUGCUGCGGAGCGCGUGAAGAUGGCGCAGUCCGAGGGCAGGGCCAUCUACCAGGAUGAGUCGGGAGGGCUGGAUGACUUCUGCUCGAUCACCAUUGAUGGGACCGGUGGGCUCAGCGAGGACAUCCUGCAGCAGCGCCUGCAGAGCAUCGUGCGACAGCGGGAGGAGCUGCAGCAGGUGGAGAUCGACCUGCGUGCACAGGCCAUCGCCCACCCACAGAUCAUCGAGGUGCAGCGCCGAUUCGGGGAGGCUACCAAGGAGCAUCUAGUAGCAGCUGAAAAGCUCAAGGAACAACUACAUGAACGGGAGAAGUACAUUCUUGAGUUGGAAAUGAAAUUGGAUGAUACACAUAGGGAAUUGGAUGCUUUGAAGAUUGACCAUCAAACGGUAUGGGCUAAUCAGGAUCUUCUUAGAGAACAGACCAAGGAAAUCGCAAGUUUCAGAAGGGAGCGUGAUAAUUCUGAAGCUGAAAGAGCCCAACAUCUUAAACAAAUUCAUGAUCUGCAAGAACAUCUGCGAGAAAAGGAAAGCCAGUAUCUUGCAUUAGAGGAACAGCAUAGGGUUGCUCAAGACAACAUUCUUUAUAAAGAUGAACAGUUGAGGGAUGCUCAUGCUUGGAUUACACGAGUUCAAGAAAUGGAUAUCUUGCAGUCUCAAUCACUACAAGCUGAGUUGCGUGAGCGUACUGAUCAGUUUGGUCAAUGUUGGGCCACUUUCCAGCAACAGUAUGUUGAAAUGCAGCAAGGUUUUCUGCAUACAAUACAACGACUCCAGCUAGAACUUAUUGAGUUAAGAGACCGUACUGGAGAACAAGAAGAUGUUUCGCAAGCUGCUCAGGAGGGUUCAGCUGAAGCGUCAUAUGUUCAAAGCAAGGGAAGCAACAUGGCUGCAAAUGGUAGUGCAUUAGCAGAUGGCAAUCAGUCCACAAAUGACUCCUUUAAGGGAAAUAAUGCCCAUGCUGUACCUGUUGUUCCAUCACUAUUGGGACUAAGUGGUUUUGUUCCUCCUGGGCAGAUGGCUGGGAUGCAUUCUUAUAUGCUGCAUCCUCAAGGCAUUCCUCAAUCUUUAGCCUCGCCCAACUCUGGUGUUCCUCAAUUUGGUACUUUUCAGCCUACAAUCCAACCCACCUUACACUGGCCUAAUCAACAGGAAGCACAAGCUGCCUCACAAACACCUGAUGCAACAAACUAUCACCCAUCACAAUCAGAUCAGAAUGCAUUACAACCAGCUGCUAGCAACAAUGUUGAGCUGUCGUCUGGGCAGAAUCAGGUGACCCAUCCAGAGAAUCUUACAGCACAUGGCGAGCAAGAACAACGUUCCACGAGUGUGGUUGCUGACUCAACUCAUGAACCAAAGGUCAUGGAAUCCAAUGUUACUGAACAUUUUUACAAUGAAGAGCAAAAAGCCCAUGAUUCAUCUUCGAAUGCCAGCUCUACUGGAAAGUUUGAACGCCAAGAAGAAAGAUCGGAAUCAAAGGGCGAGAAAGUUGCAUCUGGCAAGCAGCCUGUGGAGCAUGUACCUAGGAAGCAGAAUCAAGCUCCAGAUUCUGCUUCAGAUUCUGCUGGGUCAACAACCCAGAUCCACAUGAACAAUAUGGUGCCAGAGUUAAAGUCUAAUGUUGUGAAUCAGUCCGACACACUUACAUCCGCAGGUGGUGGUGUGGGUUCAUUGUUACCAAAGGAGCCUGUCCUUCUAGAUGAAAGAUGUCUUCUAGCCUGCAUCGUUCGUGCAGUCCCUGCUGGAUCUGAUAACCGAAUCAGGAUAAGUUCAACUCUGCCAAAUAGGCUUGGGAAAAUGUUGGCCCCUCUUCAUUGGCAUGACUAUAAGAAAAAUUAUGGGAAGCUAGAUGAUUUUGUGGCUUCUCACAAUGAGCUUUUUGUGAUUGAGGGAGAUUUCAUUCACCUUCGUGAAGGGGCACAACAGAUCAUUUCAGCUACAACAGCUGCUGCUAAAAUUGCUGCUGCUGCUGCGGCUGCAUCAUCUGCUUCUUACUCAUCGUUGCUGCCUUCAGUUGCUGUUACUCCUGUGGCACACAACACUCGUCAAAAGAGAGGACCUGUUGUUGAUUCCAGAUCUUCAAAUUCAAUGCCAUCAGGAAAUGGCUCUACUACAGCUAAAUUUGGCAAUCAACACCAAGUGAAUGGCUUUUCUGAUGAAGUUCGAGCUGGGCAGUCAUCAAGGCACACAGCUGCUGCCAAUGGGGGAAGACAUGAACGAGUUGGUCCCCCUACACAUGACAAAAUCCCAGGUGCCAGACAUGGUUAUGGAGGAAAGCAACAGGGCAGAUCUGCUGGGACCGAAUUCAGUUCAAGAAGAUAAGUUGGUAGCUUGUCUUGAGGUGGUCCGAUUGGUUUAAUGGGCGGUGAAGUGGCAUAUCAUAUCCAAGUUGGUUGCGUUUUGGUUUCAAAUGGCUGAAGAUGCUGCUGAAUUCAUUAUUCAAAAUUUAGUUGUGCACCAUUGCUUUAUAACAGUGCCUGCCUGCAUUGCUCUUUACCUUAUUUUGGCAAGUUGUCCUGAAAUCCUAGCCCAGAAUCAGAAAAAUACCGAGGAAGUUUUGCAACCGUGUAUGUGGUGCACACUUGAAUUCAUUGCGUCGAAUGUCUGGUUACGUGCCGAA